UGGUAACCUCCAGUAUUCCGGAGAGAGACCGCACGUAUGCACCACAGUGCAUUGGACGCAGGAGGCCUCCAGGGUGCGCAGUGUGUGGAACUCAGGAAACCCCCAGUGUGUACAGUGCAGUCACUGUGUGGGACGCAGCGCGGGAGACUAGUUCUAGCUAGUGUGUACAGUGUGUGCAGGCAGUGUGCCUGACGCAAGGGGCCGAUAGUGUGCUCUGUGUGGAACGCAGGAGGCCGCCGUAUGUUUCCUGCCCCUGGAACGCACAGAGCGGAAGUCCUCGCUGCAUUGUCUGGAAGCUGGGAGAAAAUUGAGAUGAAAAUUCUGGACACCAAUGUGAGCUGAACUUUGCUCAAGUCCAUAAUAUCCACCCCUGACUUCAUCUUUGUUUUUAAAUAAGCCUGAAUUCAUUAGUAUGGGUCUUCUGUCCACGCAGAAGUCUUUUUUCCCGCUUUGUUCCUUGGAAUCACUGAUCGGUCUCUUCCAGUGGGAACUGUCUCGUCCGGAGCCUGAUCUGGCUCUGCUCUCCCUUACUCUAGGCUUUGUAGAGCACUUUUUGGCAGUUAAUCGUGUGGUUCCCACUAAUGUGACCAGCAUUCCGGGGGGACCUGAAUUAUUAUCUAAAAUAGGUGGAGAAGGAGUAAAGGCAAAAUGUGGAGAGUCCAUAGGCCCGGGGACACGUGGCGGCAUUAGAUCCACGCAAGGGAAAAAAGGUGCUAGAAGUGAUUUGGCAAAGAAAGCAGAUUCUGGAGUGGAAGAAAGGAAAGAAAAAGAAACUGGUCCUAAAAAAACAGCUGGAAGAACAGCAAAAAAGGAGGUAAAUAAAGCAGGAAGGGAAACUUCUGAGGUUAAGAAGGACAAAGAAUCAGUACAAGAAGAAAGCGUCAGUACAGAUGAAAUUUCAAAGACUGGACCUGGGAAGGAAAGCAAAAGAAAAGUUGAUGAGAAUGCCAAGCCAGAGCUUCCCCGAAAGGGAGUACCCUAUUUCCCAACCCUGGAGCUAUCAGUAGUCCAAGCACUACAUGCACGAUUCACAGCUCAGACCAGAGGGGCGGUGGAUUUGUCUUGUUAUCCUCGAGAAGAUGAUAUGUCAGGCCGGGAGUUAAUCCGUAGGGUAUCCGAUGUAAUCUGGAAUGGUCUAAGUCGAUCGUACUUCAAAGACAGAGCACAUAUACAGUCACUUUUCAGCUUUGUAACAGGCACAAAGCUUGAUUCCCCUGGGGUGGCUUUUGCAGUUGUGGCUGCCUGCCAGGCCCUAGGUCUUUCUGAUGUACAUCUAGCUCUUUCUGAGGACCAUGCGUGGGUAGUGUUUGGCAAGGAUGGGGAGCAGACUGCUGAAGUGACUUGGCAUGGGAAGGGUAAUGAGGACCGAAGAGGGCAAUCUGUGAGCCCUGGUGUAGCAGAAAAGAGCUGGCUGUACUUAAAUGGCAAAUACUUGCGAUGUGACCGUCACAUGGAAGUGGCUUUCAUGGUCUGUGCCAUCAAUCCUUCAAUAGAUGCUCACACAGACAGCCUGGAGUUAUUGCAGCUGCAGCAGAGUUUGCUUUGGGUGCUGCAUGAUGGAGGACACCUAGAAAAAUAUCCAAUGGCUUUGGGUAAUUUGGCAGACCUUGAAGAUUUAGCUUCAACCCCCGGACGUCCAAAGCCUCUUGAACUUUAUCACAAGGCUGUACGGUCCUCUCGAGUACACUAUGAAAACCAGCACUUGUAUCCUCACAUUUAUUUAGCUGCUUAUCAUUGCCGGAACAAGGAUGUGCGAGAGGCAUUAAAGGCCUGGGCUGAGACAUCUGCAGUCAUUCAAGAGUAUAAUUACUGUCGGGAAGAUGAGGAAAUCUAUAAAGAUCUCUUUGAUAUUGCCAAUGAUUUGUUACCUAACUUAUUAAAAGAAGAAGCCUCAUCAGACAACCCGGCUGGUACUGCUCUUCAGGAUCCUCUGUGCUUUGCAAACCUCUUGCGUUUUUAUGAUGGAAUCUGUAAAUGGGAAGAGGACAGCCCAACACCUGUGCUACAUGUGGGCUGGGCCACAUUCCUCGUCCAAUCACUGGGAAGAUAUGAUGCGCAGGUAAGGCAGCAGGUGACGUUAGUGAACUCAGACCCUACUAAUGAGGAUGAUGACUCUGAUGAUACCAGAAGAAGGGCCCAUCGCAGAGAGUCUAGGCCUGGGGAACCUGUUCAGCCUCUUCAGCGCCCGUCCCAGGAGCAGAAGGGGGAGGAGACAGAGCUUGCACAGGCACUCACACUCAGUUUCCAGAGCCAGAAAAUGAAAGGAAUGAAAGAGCUUUUAGUAGCAGCAAAAGUGAACUCCAGUGCUAUAAAACUGCAGCUCACUGCCCAGUCACAAGUACAGCCAAAGAGAGCACGAGGGCCUGGUACAAGAGACUACAACCUGGGAUAUCUGAAAAGACAGCGCAAAACAAUCUAAGAAAGGAGGGAGGGAACUACAGUAAGAAAAGCUGUGUGAAAAGGCAUCCAAAAUGAGAAUUUAUUUUUGCUACUCAUGUUUUGUUUUUCAAUAUUGUAAAAAUGUGUCUGUAAUAUAAUUACUGACUGAAUAAUAAGCACAUUAAAGUGUAUCUUACUUUC